AUGCACUGGUAUAGCCGCUUUAGUCGUAAACUUGUACAGCAACACAGGCAUCCAGCUCUUACGGUUCUACGACAGAAAUGCGCGGUGUCCUAUCUUUCGACCGUUGCAACGUUGCCAUCAGCAGGAAAGGUGGAAUGCUACAUAUCUAAAGAGACGGACCCUUGGAUCAAUUUAGCGUUUGAAGAAUGGUUGUUCCGAAAAUCAAACUCAGCAAGAUAUAUCCUCUACCUAUGGCGAAACCAGACAUGUGUUGUUAUAGGGAGAAACCAAAAUCCCUGGAAAGAAUGCCACUUGAAACUAAUGCAAGAUGAUGGUGUACCACUAGUCCGAAGACGGAGUGGUGGUGGAGCUGUGUACCAUGACAUUGGUAACAGCAACUACACGAUCUUUAUGCCGCGAGAUGAGUUCGAUCGUCGAACGAAUGCUCAAUUAGUUUGCCGGGGACUGCAUCAACUGGACAUCCCAGCCUCGGUGAAUGAGAGGCACGAUCUUGUCAUUGGCGACAAAAAAGUUUCUGGCUCCGCGUACAAACUAGUUAAUGCGCGAGCUUACCACCAUGGAACGAUGCUUAUUGACGCGGAUCUUACUGCUUUAGGUCGGUACCUUCGGCCUCCACCGAAAAAUCUUGUCGGAAAAGGGGUUGAAAGCGUACGAUCAAAUGUGACACGUUUACGGGAGCAUUCAUUCACCGUCGAUCAUUUGUCAUUUUGCGAGGCGGUGGCUGGAGAGUUCUAUCGAACUCAUGGUGUGCCAUGGCGCGAGCCGGUUGAGCUUACGGUGGACCAUAUGAAAGCCAACCCGAAAGUGAGAGAUUACUAUGAUGAGAUUCGGACUUGGGAAUGGAUCUAUGGCCAAACACCAGAUUUUGCGCAUCGACUGGAGCGGUCGUUCCGUUGGGCUGAUGCGGAUAUCCUUAUGAAUGUUCACAGAGGCAUGAUAACGGAAGCAAAUGUUUCCCUAAAGUCGGAGCGCCAUAUUGCUGUAGCGUCACGGUUAUCAGAGUGUCUUCAAGGUACGCGCUAUAGUGAAGACGGCAUUCGUGAAGCGUUUGGCAUGUUGAAGGAAGAUUUGAUAUUGGGUACCCGAGAUCUUGAAGAGCUGGAAGAAUUACAGGAAUGGUUGGAAAUCUCCUUGUAG